AUGGAGAACAAGGCUUCUUGUGGAAGGAUCGUAAUAGACCGCCUUAGUGAUGGCGCCAGGUCUUGCGGAUUCACCUGGCAUUUGGAGGAAGAUGGGGCUGUGGGUAUCCGUGGGACAACCUAUGUGGAGCUGAAUGAACAAGGGAAAAUCAUUUAUUUGCGUGAGAUCUGCGAGCCCUUGUUCAAGCCUGGGGAUGCCACCGUAGAAUUGUUGAAGGCAAUUGGCGGAGAAAACACGGCUACAUUUGAUGAGGUCGAGCGCAGAACACCGACAGGAGCCAGUGACAUAUGCCGCUAUCUGUGGAGCGAGCUGCAGGGCAAUGCAGCUCCUUCAGAGUCACUGGAUUUUUUCGCAGAAGAGGUCCUUUAUGAAGACUUCAACUACGAGAUGCCAAUGCGUGGAAAGGCGGCGGUCGGUGACUUCUUGGAAAAGUUCGCUGAGAUCAAAGCGCUGAAGUUUGUUGCCGAGCGCUUUUCGGAUGGAAGCCGAGCGUGCUGCUUCACCUGGAAUGUCGAAAUCUCCGGGGCACCCCCCGAUGCCCCGAGGACUCGUGGCAUCUCCUUUUACGAGUUGAACUCGGAAGGUCAGAUUGCAUAUGUUCGAGAUAUCCCCGAAAGCUUGUCGAAGCCGCCUCCACUGCAGGCAAUUGCAGCUGCUAUCCGUCCAAAGCUGCGUGUUUUUCAGCCGAGAAGCACAGUGGUAAGCGGAGAAGAAGCACAACGUUGUAAUUGUGCUGAUGCUGGCGGCGUGGUCUGGCCAACAGGUGCUACGGGCUUACAUUUCUGCGCAGGCGCAGCUCAUCACCGGGUCCGAUGCAACAUCCCGACCGAUCUCUGCGGAGGUCGGGAAUGCAGGAGGAGCUGUGGUCGUUUUCCUGAGGCACUUGGCCUGACCUUACUGUUGGUCGCAUGUGCGCGCGUGGUGUCGGCCUGA